GCCCUGGCUCCCCUCCCCCGCCCGGCCGCGGCGUCUGACGUCCCGCGCGUCGGCGGCCGCAGAGCAGCGCGGGGAGCCAGGCGGGCUGUCGGCGGGUGUGAGGAAAAAAAAAUGACACUCCAAUGGGCGGCAGUGGCAACCUUUCUUUAUGCCGAAAUAGGACUCAUUUUAAUCUUCUGCCUACCUUUUAUUCCUCCUCAGAGAUGGCAGAAGAUUUUUUCAUUUAAUGUCUGGGGUAAAAUUGCAACUUUUUGGAACAAGGCUUUCCUUACCAUUAUCAUCCUAUUGAUUGUUCUAUUUCUAGAUGCUGUGAGAGAAGUAAGGAAAUAUUCCUCAGUUCAUACCAUUGAGAAGAGCUCCACCAGCAGACCUGAUGCCUAUGAACACACACAGAUGAAACUUUUUAGGUCUCAAAGAAAUCUUUACAUUUCUGGAUUUUCACUGUUUUUUUGGCUAGUGUUGAGACGUCUGGUUACGCUUAUUACUCAACUGGCAAAAGAACUGUCAAACAAAGAUGUACUUAAAACUCAAGCAGAAAAUACCAACAAGGCUGCCAAAAAAUUUAUGGAAGAAAACGAAAAACUGAAACGGAUUUUGAAAAGCCAUGGUAAAGAUGAAGAAUGUGUUUUGGAAGCAGAGAAUAAAAAACUAGUAGAAGACCAGGAGAAACUGAAAACUGAAUUAAGGAAGACUUCAGAUGCCCUUUCUAAGGCACAAAAUGAUGUGAUGGAAAUGAAGAUGCAGUCAGAGAGACUUUCGAAAGAAUAUGAUCAACUCCUGAAAGAACACUCUGAACUUCAGGAUCAUUUAGAAAGAGGCAACAAGAAAAGACUGUGAACUUUAUAAAAGACGCUUGCAAUAUACUGUGUCAAAAUGAUAAUUUUGUUAUGUUAGCCUCUAGAAAAUUUAAGUUCAGAAAAAUGCACUAUGAUCAGUUUGUAAUUUUUUUUAAUGCCACACAUAGGUUGUAUUGUAAUGGCAUUAUCAAAAUAUUUGAUGAUGUUUGAGAUAUAUUGCAAAGUCUGUAUUCCAGCUCUUAAGAAAAAUAUAAGCAUGUUAAAUACCAUAUUGACAUAUUGAUAAUGUCACUGGUAUAUGGUGGCUGUUUACCAACAAAAGGAAAAAAUUCAUUAACCAGUUACUUCCAAAAUUAGAAGUUUUAAGUUGCAUGAAACCAUUAAUAGCCUUGAAAGCUUUGGUAAGUUAUCAGUAAUAAUAACCUAUUUAAUCAGAUGAUGAUGUGUUUGAAAACAGUGUUCAAUAUCAGCAAAUUUGUACACAGGAAUGCAAAUAAGGAUAACUGAUAAGAGUUAUCCACUGUAUUUAUAAGGAAGAGUCGGAAAAAACAAUGACCUUAGUUUUUUUUAAGCCUGAUGAUACUAUGGUUUACUCUAAUAAGAUACCCAUAUUGAUAAUUAUAUUUUUGUUACUGUGCCCCUGCACAUUUUGGUCUGUUUUUUGUUGAUAUUUUUAUUAAUAACACAUAAUUAGUAACCACUCUACUGUUUCAAGUUAAUCUAGUAAUAGAGCUUACAUAUAUUUGCAUAACUGCUGUACCACUGAACUGAAUUUAUUUUACAACAGUGUAGAAUUCUUGAAAAGUUAACUUAGAACGUAUCCAAAAAACAGUAUUUCUUUCCCUUGGUUGUGAGAGUAAUUAUAUAAAUAUUACCUCAAAAAUACAUACACUGGUAUCACACAGUCUUUCUACAAUGUUUCUAUAUUCUGAAAGCUAAAUAUUAAGUACUAUUUUUCCAUUCAAAUAUUCAUUUAGAAUUUCCUUUAGAAGAUGGCAGUGAUUAUAAUAUUAAUAUGAUUUCAGUUGUUCCAGUGUUUAGACAUGAAAUCAUCUUCCUUGUCUCAUGAAAACCUAAAUAUUAAAAAAAGGAAAAUACUGGAGUUUUUCUCUUGUCUUUGUUUCGUCAUCUGUUUAUUAUAAUUUUAGCACCAACUUCACACCUAGCUAAUUUUUUCAUCAUAAAGUGGAUGAAAUGAGCAAGUACAUAAAAAUUUUAUUUCAGAUAAAAGUCAGGAGUUACUGCUAAAAAACAGACAUGUAGGAGACAUUCAACAGGAGUAAGAAAUGGGAGUUAGACCAUAUGGGCUGACAACACCAUAAAUAACAAGAAAAGGGAGUGCUGAAAUAGGAGAGAACAGAGCAAAUGUUAGCUCAAAGUAUAGACUUAGAAAUAUCAAAGUAAGAGCUAUCUGGGUAAAUAUAUAGAUAUUGAGUGCUUGGAAUCCUAGCCUACUAUGUGAAAAUUAAGUCUAAUGUCAGAAUAACUUACAGAAAAAUAGAAAAUGCAUGGCUUUAAAAUGGGCAGAGUUAAAAUCUAAUCCCAGCCUUAUCGCUUAUUUAGCCAGGCUAGCCUAGGCCUCUAUUUCCUUGUCUCCAAAAUGGGAAUAAUAAAAUUUAGAUCAGGAUUACUAUAUAAACUAAGAUAAUACAGUGAUUCUUAAAGUUGUUCAGACUGUAUAGCAAGGAAAAAGUCUGGGUGCACUUUGAAGAGCUUGAAGAUUUGAAAGAUUCCCAAAAAAGCAUUUUAAACUUCACAUUUAAGGCACCUUGGACCUCAACCCUCUUAAGUUUACAGGUCUGAAACUUUAGACCUCAAAAGUUUGAGCAGUUUUUCCAAGGCAACAUUGAUAGUUUCAGGGCCAGGAUGUAAGUCUAGAAUGUAGGUAUCCUGAUCCCCCAGAUAUCGCUCUUCUGUUUAUACACAGACCAGCUGUAAUUUGCUAAACAUAAAAUAUUGCAGUGUAUUAGUCAGCUGUGGCUCCAGUCUGUGCGCUUUACCACCGUGCCCAGCUGUUUCACAUGCUAUGUUUGUUAGUUUUUCCUAGUACUCUCCUUAAUAAUGGUGAUGUUUAGCAAAUUGUAUUAUAUAAGUAAAUAUUCAUUUCAUGGAUUGA